AUGUUGGCACACGAUUUCGUCAAAAAAGACGAUCGCGUUUUCACGCCCACCGAAAAUUCGAGGUGAGAAUAGAUUUUCUGGAAAAAAUCAGGGGAAACCCCGAUUUUUGGAUCAAAAAUAAAGCAAUGUUUUGCAGAUCCGCCUCAUAUUUCUGCGUGUUAGUGCUAACAAAAAUCCUACGAUGCGUCGGAAUAUUUUUCACCGAUAUUUUGUCGAAAAGUGUACAUGUUGUAGAACUAUUAUGGUUAUGUAAAUUAGUGUAAGUUCUGGAGUUGAAAACAAAAUCAAAAGAUGGAUUUUCAGUUCCUCUCUCAUAUUAUUCCCCGUUCAAAAACCAUUGUCUUCCGGAAAACAGCUCAGGAAACAAUUUAUCGGAAGAAUCGCAAAAUUAUCGCUGAUGAAUAGUUUUAUUGAGAUUCUCUGGUUUUAUGGUAUCACAUUUUGCGGACCAUUGAGGUAAAUUCAUUCAUAAAGAGCCUUUUCGAUCAAAAUCCUGUUAUUUUUUCAGAUCUGUUCUGGUUUUCGAGCUUAGUCCAUCAGUUUUACUAGUCGCUGUUAUUUCAUUUUUCAAAGGAGGUUCGAAUUCAACGCCAGCAAAGACACGUGGAUUCUUUUUGUUGAUUGUUGGAUUUGCCGCGUUGAUUUUGAUGGAUCGCGAUGGAAGUAUUGAGGAUGCGCAUAGUAAGUGGUUCUGAGGGAAACCUGUGAAUCUUUAUCAUAAUUUUGAAUUCGAAAUACCAAAAUCAAAAGCAAAAUGUGAUGUUUUGUGUUUUAAAACACUAAUUAGCUCAAAAAUUCGUCAUUUUCAUGGUUUGUAAUUAUUGGAACCGAAAAUCUCAAAGUUUUUAGAUUUUUAGGAAACUCAAACAAUUUUUUUCAUUAAAAAAAAGAACAAACAUAAUUAAUUUUCAGACCAAAAAUUCAAGCAAAAUUUAUAAUUUGAAGUUCAAAAAAAUACUAAAAAAUGCUUGAAAAUUGAAACCGCUCCCCCUUUUUUCCCACCUCAAUUAUCCUCUUAUUUUCCAGACAAAACCCAUGCCCAUCACAGCGGUCUCAAUCAUCUCUUCUACCAUCUAAUCGGAAUGUUUGGCGUCGCAGAUCAUCAAGGUGGAAUCUUCAUUCUCUUGCUAGCCCUGGCUCUUCGAAUCGCCUACGAAACCUCCUUCCGACAUCUAGCUGUUGAAAUUGGCGGACCAAAAAGACUUUAUUCGUUGGUGACUGCAGGAACUGCUAUGAUUCUAACACCACCCGCAGUUUUAUCAUGGGCUCUUUCAACUCCAUCUUCAAAUUCUUCAAUGGGUUUCAUCGAAUUCUAUCUGAUUCUUCUCGUUGUCACAGUUUUCGUCUUUGUUCUCGAUUUCUAUGCUGAAAGUAUUUGCUUCCAACAUGUUGCGGAUCCAGUUAUGGCAGCUGCAAGAUGGUCGCCAGUCACAAUGUUCACAUGUGCAUUAGGUCUAGCAUAUUUAUGGUAUGGAAACUGGACUCAAGAUCUUGGUAAUCAUUCCCUAACAGGCGGUGUUGUUCUCACAACAUGUUGCUUUGUAUUGGCUUCGAUAUCUCUGACAUCAGCUAGUCAACCAAAACACCGUGGUGGACAUUUUGUUGGAAUUUCGAACACUGGUUUGCCACUUUUCACAUAUGGGGAAGCGUUUUUGCAAAAGACUUCGAAAUCUUUGGUUUUGUUUUUCAAGGUGAGCAAGAUUUUGUGAUAUUUGGGUGGUUUGGGAUAAACAUAAAAAAGGUGCUGAAAUUCCACGUGGCAAAUUUUUAGCCCAAACUAUGCUAGAUAAUUCUCAUAAUUUUUAAAAAUUUAGGUUGGGUUUCAAAAAACUUAUGAAAUAUUAAAAUUUUUGCUGUGAAAAUCCACGUGGAAUAAAUCGGGGGGGGGGGGGGCUUUUUUCUACUUUUCGCUUCAAAAUUUCCCAUAUUUUUAAAAUUUUUGAUAUUGACAAAUAUUGCAAAAUUUCAAUUUUUGCUCAAAUAUUCCACGUGGCAUAUUUUUGAAUUCUCGCUGAGUUCUUAAAAAUUGAAUUUUAGCUUCAAAAAUCCACGUGGCAUUUGAUUAAAAAUUUUCUGAGGUGUGAAAAAUUUGUUAUUGAUUAAUCCACGUAACGAAUGUUUUUUCGAAAUAUUGAAAUCAUUUUUCAAUAACCUGAAACUUCACGAAAUUCUGAUGAAAUAGUUUUGUUUAUGAAAAAUUUGAAGCUAAAAAACCACGUGGCAUUUUUUAAUUGUAUAAUUUUAAGGGCAAUUUCUGAAUGGGAUUCCCUGAAUGGGGCUAAUUUUUAAAAACAGGGCUAAAAAAGUAAAACUGAAUGGGGUCCAAAAAAUGUGUCUGAAUGGGACCCGACUGAAUGGGGCUAAUUCUCGAAAGUAAAAAGAUAAACUGAAUGGGACCCGACUGAAAGGGGCUAAUUUUUAAAAAUAAAUAGUUUUCUGAAUGGGACCCGACUGAAUGGGGCUAAAAAUCAAAUAAAUUUUAGAAAAACUGAAUGGGACCCCGUUUAGUCAGUCGUUUUCCGGAUUUCCGGACUCUUCAAAAUUUUGCAUUGCGUUUGAUAUUCAGUUUUCAAGUUCGAUUACUACUUUUCUGAAAUACUAGUUUGUUUUUUCAUGUAUUUAUCACAAUAUUUCUUUCUUGAAGUAUUCCCAAAAUGUUUGAUUUUGAAGAAUAAAAUUCCGGAAGAAUUUUGAAAGAAAGUAGGUAACCUACAUUGGGUUUUUGGUUCUCAUUAGCCAAAUUAGAAUUUCAGAAUUUUAAAACUUGCAGCUUCAUGGAGCUUAAACUAAAAAAAUAAGUCCGAAUUUCCAAUUAAGAUCUUAAUUUCGUCAUUUUCUCUGUAUCUCACUCAAUUGAGCCCUUACAAGAUGUGUCUCUCAACACCAUUUUGGAAAAAAGUUGUAUUUUGGCAAGGUGGCUUCCCAAAAACACCACAUUUUGACACAUAGGUGCGAAGAAUUUGAAUUUUACUAGGAAAAACGGCAAACUAGAAGUAUUGUAAGCAGGUUCGGAAGGAAACAUUACAUUACUUUUACAGUAGAAACUGGAAAAAAAAAUAUAUUUCCAGAUUUAUUUAUAUCCUAAAAUUUAUGAAAAAUUAGCUAUUUCAAAUCGUGUUCUCCGGUUUUAAGAUAAAAUUUAAGGGUUCUUCAGAAUUAAAAAAAAUUAGGCUUUCAAUCUAUAUGCGCUAUUGAUAAACAAACGAAAGUAGUAAUCGAACUUGAAAACUGAAUAUCAAACGCAAUGCAAAAUUUUGAAGAGUCCGGAAAUCCGGAAAACGACUGACUAAACGGGGUCCCAUUCAGUUUUUCUAAAAUUUAUUUGAUUUUUAGCCCCAUUCAGCCGGGUCCCAUUCAGAAAACUAUUUAUUUUUAAAAAUUAGCCCCUUUCAGUCGGGUCCCAUUCAGUUUAUCUUUUUACUUUCGAGAAUUAGCCCCAUUCAGUCGGGUCCCAUUCAGACACAUUUUUUGGACCCCAUUCAGUUUUACUUUUUUAGCCCUGUUUUUAAAAAUUAGCCCCAUUCAGGGAAUCCCAUUCAGAAAUUGCCAAUUUUAAGAUCUUUUUUUUUCCUUUCUGUUUCCAAAACCUCCUAUCUUUCAGGAAACCCUUCACGAAAUCCUUAUCAACAACGAUUCCCGUCGUAUUUUUUAUUUCCUCUGCGUCAACAUCGGUUUUUGCGGUGUCGAAUUCUUAUACGGUUUCUGGACAAACAGUCUCGGCUUGAUUUCCGAUGGUUUCCAUAUGUUAUUCGAUUGCAGUGCAUUAGUUAUGGGAUUAGUUGCAGCAGUUAUGUCAAGAUGGCCACCUUCACGACAUUUUACAUAUGGUUUUGGAAGAGUUGAAGUUCUUUCCGGUUUUAUCAAUGCACUUUUCCUUUGUGUUAUUGCUCUUUUUAUUUUAAUUGAAGCGCUGGAAAGAUUAUUCGAUCCACCAAAUAUCAAUACAGAUCGACUUUUAUUUGUUGCGAUUUCUGGAUUGCUGGUGAAUUUGUUUGGAAUGUAUUCAUUGGGUGAACACGGACAUUCACAUGGUGGAUCAAGUCACGGACAUAGUCAUGGGGGAGGAGGAGCGAGUCACGGACAUUCACAUGGAAAUGCUAAUAUGGAAGGUGAGUAGGGGAGAGGGAGCCUUUACCACCAAAAAUGUUGAAAAUCGAAUAUUUUGGGUGUGAAUCUAGUGAUUUUUUGUCAAUUUUUGCCAAAAAUCGAUAUUUUCAGAACUGAAAUAUGGAAAAAUCAUCAAUUUUCAGUAGAAAACCCUUGAUUUUCUAGUCGAAAGUUAUGAAAAGCUAUAAUUUUUCAACCUUGAAAAAAUAGGUUUCAAAUUUUUCAAAAAACGGAAUUUGUUUUUUAAAAAUUGUUCUCUUCAUUCUUGACUAUUUUUGUUGAAAUUUUAUUUAUUUCCAAAAUAUCGCUCCCGUUUUAUAUGUCUAACCUGAGCAAUCCAUUAUUUUCCAGGUGUAUUCCUUCAUGUUUUGGCUGACACACUUGGAUCAGUUUUCGUCAUUAUCUCAACACUUUUAAUUCAAUGGUUUGGUUGGGUUUGGGUUGAUCCAUUAUGUUCGCUGAUCUUAUCAUUAUUGAUUAUUGGAUCGGUUUAUCCAUUAUUGACAUCGAGUAUUUCGACAUUAUUACAAGAUAUUCCCGAAGAAGAUGAAUUUGAAUAUCAUGUUCAAGAGGUUUUGGAUGUAAGUUUUUUGGUCCCGGGGUUGUAAAUAAGAAAAAAAAUGUGGAUUUGUGAUUUUGAAUUAAAAACACGUCAAAAUUUAUAAAAUUUUAGUAGAAAAAAUUCAUGAGUUCGGAAAAAAAAAGAUUUUCAAACAGAGCAUAAGUUCUACUGAAUUUCGAAAAAAAACCUAAAAUUUUUCAUCCCGGUCCCCAGAACCCCUCCAGUGCCUCCAAAAUAUCAAUUUUUCCAGAUCGAAGGUGUCGAAUCAUAUUCCAAUGCCCACAUGUGGCAACUGAAAUCCGAUAUAAAUGUGGCAAGUGUUCAUGUUCAAGUCGCAAAUGAUUCCAACGCUCAAAUGAUUCGACAUCGAGUCGCAAAUCUGUUGAAAUCCACCGGAGCCACACAUUCGACUGUUCAAGUUGAAAAACAAUAUUUCAAACAACGAAUUCAACAAAUUUGUCCCGGCUAUAAAUUGGGACAUGCUGUGAGUUUUUUUUUUAAUUGACGGGGGUCUGAAAAUUGUUCUCUAAAUACUCUCAUGAUUCAAAAUUACUGUACAUCGAUAUGCCUACAGUAAUCCGAAAAGUGUGAAUUAAUUUAGAAUUUAGAAUGUUUAGAAAAAUGUCUAUCAAAAUUUAAUUUACAAUACCCUAAAUAAUCUUCUAAAAGUCUACAGUAUCCCGACCUGACAUACAGUAUUCUUAUGAUGUAAAGUACCUCUCGAAAAUUCUGAAAAGCACUCUGAAAAUCCUACCGAAACCUAAAAAUACAGUAAUCCUCUGACCUACAGUAAAUUUUAGACCUACAGUGACCAACAGUAGACAAUCACCUUUUAAAUUUUAGAAUUUCGCGAAACAAUUAUGAGAAACAUCAUCGAAAGUUUUUCCUAUAAAAAUCAAAAUUCUCCGACCUACAGUAUCCCUCAAAAACUGUUUCAAAUAAAAUAAUAAUAAAAACCCCCCAAAAAUCUACAGUAACCAUACAAAAAGCGCCCUGAAAAUCUAAAUGUUUCAGGUUCAACGAGGUACCGUAAUCCGAAACCACAAUCACAAUCACGGACAUUCUCAUGGAUCUUCCAAUAAUAAUCACAAUGAUCACGGACAUUCACAUGAACACGGUCAUUCACACUAA